AUGGCCGAUUUCAAGCUAUCAGCCACCCUGCGCGGCCAUGAAGACGACGUCCGAAGUGUAGCCUUCGCGUCGCCCGCCUCCAUCUUCUCCGCCUCGAGAGACUUCACAGUACGCGCUUGGACACAGCAAUCAGCCAAUCCACCUGUUUGGGACAGCUCCAUCAAGACACAUGGCAAGGAGUUUGUCAACUCGCUCGCCAUUGUCCCCCCCUCGUCUUCCUUUCCCGACGGUCUUGUUGUUUCCGGCGGCAAAGACCAAAUCAUCGACGUACGCUCACCCGCAAAGACCCUCGAUUCCGACGCCGACGCCCUGCUGAUAGGACAUGGCAACAAUGUCUGCGCUCUCGACGUUAGCGAAGAUGGUCGGUAUAUCGUGAGUGGCGGCUGGGAUAUGGAGGCCCGCUUGUGGGAGGUUGGCAAAUGGGGUGAGUCUACCGUGCUGCAGGGCCACACUGCGUCGGUGUGGGCUGUCCUUGCCUUUGAUGAGAACACCAUCAUCACCGGAUGCGCCGAUAAUCAAAUUCGCGUCUACAACAUCUCGGGCGGUACAUCGCCAGUACGCUCCAUCCAGGCACCAGAAGUCGUACGCGCUCUCUGUCGACUGCCUUCGGACCACCCUUCGGGAGCUCAAUUCGCCUCUGCAGGCAAUGACGCCGUCAUCCGCCUAUGGACAAUUACUGGAAAGCAGGUGGCGGAGUUACAUGGCCAUGAAAACUUCAUCUACUCACUUGCCGUCCUUCCCAACGGUGGGAUCGUAAGUGCUGGUGAAGAUCGGACUGUGCGUGUGUGGGAAAACAACCAGUGUAUACAGACUAUUACCCAUCCAGCCAUCUCAGUAUGGUCAGUGGCCGUGUGUAAAGAGAAUGGGGACAUCGUCACAGGUGCGAGUGAUAAACUCGCACGUGUCUUCACCCGCGACCAAUCUCGUUAUGCCGCCGAAACCGAGAUCCAACAGUUCCUCGAUGAUGUCAAAGGAUCAGCAAUUCCACAACAAACUGUAGGCAACAUCAAUAAGGAACAGCUGCCCGGGCCCGAGUUUCUUACCCAACGAUCCGGCACAAAGGAAGGCCAGGUACAAAUGAUCAAGGAGAUGAACGGGAAUGUUUCGGCAUAUCAGUGGUCAGCUGCCGCCAAUCAAUGGGUGAAUGUUGGCACUGUAGUUGAUUCGGCUGGGAGCGGUGGACGCAAGAUAUCUCAUGCUGGCAAAGAGUACGACUAUGUCUUUGACGUUGACAUUGAAGAUGGCAAGCCACCGCUGAAACUGCCAUACAAUCUCAACCAGAACCAUUACGAGGCUGCGCGUAAGUUCAUCGAAGACAACGAACUACCGCUUACCUACUUGGAUCAAGUCGCAAACUUCAUUAUUCAAAACACCCAGGGUGCAACGCUAGGCCAAAGUAGCGCGCAGGGCGCGGAUCCCUGGGGUUCAGAUGCACGCUACCGCCCGGGAGACGCUAACCAGGUCCCCGCGCAACCACAGCCCGCACCAUCGCCACCCAAGAUACUUCCGCAAAAGGAUUACCUUCCUAUUACAGCCGGAAACCAUAAAAUCAUCUUCAAAAAGCUCACAGAGUUCAACCAGGCUCUAGUCGAUGAUGGCCAAAAGGGCAUUUCGCUGAACCCUUCGGAUAUUGAGCAACUCAGCGCCACUGUCAGUGCACUUGAGAAGGGAAAUGGCAAGGGAAUUGACAUCACUGGUGUCGAGCUUCUCCUGAAAGCAGCAACUCAAUGGCCAGCAGAAAAGCGGUUGCCCGCCCUCGAUCUGCUGCGGCUAGUCCUUGCCUUCGAGGAGCCAGCUGCUUUCCUUGUGUUGCCUGAGCAAAACCUACUACCAGCCCUUAUCGAAUCAGAUGUCUUCACUGGGUCCUCUCCACCCAACAACACUAUGAUGGCAAUACGGUGUCUCAGCAAUCUGCUCCAGACUGAGAAGGGUAGACUUCUUGCGAGCAAGGAGUUUGACAACAUACAUCCUUUGGUGUCGCCGUUCCUCACCUCUACCAACCGCAAUUUGAUCAUUGCGCUCACUACGCUAUACAUUAACUAUUCGGUGCUUCUGAAUUACGAGAAUAACGCGGACCGGGCGCUAUCGCUCCUUGACGAUCUGUCAAAGGUUCUUACCACAGCUACCGACUCCGAAGCUGUUUACCGUGCGCUUGUGGCUACUGGUACGUUGCUGUGUCUUGGCCCCGACUUUUGCGAAGCUGGCCGCGAUAUUCUUCAAAUAGGCGAUGCCGUCACCCGUGCCGAGCAAAAGGUCAAGGAGCCUCGCAUCCGGAAUGUCGUUGCCGAGAUUCGCCAACGGCUGCAGGGUUAGCAAGUGCGUUUCGGCUACUAACGCUCUUAAAUUCUCCAUGCACGCGGACAUUGUACUAUACAGAUGAAAAGACGCAGAUUGCAUUGCAUUGCAUGAAGCCGGGUGCUUUUUUUUCUUUGGGUGUUCCGUAGAUGGGGGGAGAGGUGCAUUGUGAUGACGCACUACAAUAUGUGCCUAGUACUUACAGCGGGGCAGCAGACAUCAAUACAUGCCUACAUACAUAUGCAAGCAACAUGCAGCUUCGCCCGGUGCUUCUCCACAAGCGAUUGUGCAUGCCGAGAGCGAGCAGAAGAAAAAUAUCUCAUACUAACGCUUGUGCGUGCAACCCACCCCUCGUCUA